AUGGUUCAAUUUAUGGUUAUCAGUGGAUUUAAUUCUUUAAUUUUGACAGUAAUCAUAACCAUCAUUCUGGUGAAUGUUUCACAGUGUGCAACGGAACAAAGGCGUCUGAGCUCAAGGGUGGUGACCACCAAAUAUGGUGCUUUACGAGGCUUCAUUAAUUCGUUAGCUAAUAGACAGCUGCAACAUGUUGAAGUAUUUCAAGGAGUCCCUUAUGCCAGUGCCCCUAUCGGAUCAUUAAGGUUUAUGCCUCCAGUGACUCCUCCACAUUGGAGAGGAGUCAUGAUGGCUGAUCAUUUAGGUCCUGUAUGUCCUCAGAAGUUGCCAGAUGUGAGUAACGAAACCUUGGCUUUACGAAAGAUGCCCAUAGGACGUCUCCAGUACAUUCGAAGGCUCUUACCUUAUUUACGGAACCAAAGUGAGGAUUGUCUCUAUUUAAAUAUCUACGCCCCGGCAAUAG